UUGAGAUUGGUGUAUCACUACAGUGAAAAUAUAUUUUCCUGAAUAUAGAGACAUGAUUUUUCAGGACUACUUCUAAUGUUCAAAUUGGCUUCAGCAAUUUUGAGUUUGAACAUUAUGCAUUUGAUUGUCUUAUAAGGGUGUUAGCUAUAAAAAGAUAAAAGAACAAUGUAUAGUGUCAGUUAUGCAAGAGGGUAUUGAUGCUGUGUGUGGAUAUAUGCAGUGUGUAUGUGCACAUAUAUUUAAUUGUAUACCAAGUGUCCCUUAGAUAUGCACAAACACAUAGAAGGUUAAGUAAGAAACUGGUUUAUAGUAGUUCCCUCUGGGAAAGUUAGGGGUAGAUAGUAGUAAUGGUAUUUCUCAUACUACUUACAUUUUUUCCGUUGAAUGUUUUUUCAGCUUUUAUUAAUGCAACAAAUGAUGAUUUUUGUAUUUGUAUGUGUAUUUGAGGUGCUUAAUUUUAUGCUGGAAAUUUUAUGUUAUUGGCAGGCAGAAUUGGCAUCAAAAUUGCUGGAGUCCUAUCCCUGGAGAUUAGGAUAUAGACACUGAUACCUGGUACACCAGGGGUUGGAAAAACCACACUAGGCAAAGAACUUGCAUCAAGAUCAGGCCUGAAGUACGUUAAUGUGGGAGAUCUAGCUCGAGAAGUCUGAUCACCGGAUAUCAUGGAGUCUGGCAAGAUGGCGUCUCCCAAGAGCAUGCCGAAAGAUGCACAGAUGAUGGCACAAAUCCUGAAGGAUAUGGGGAUUACAGAGUAUGAGCCAAGAGUUAUAAAUCAGAUGCUGGAGUUUGCCUUCCGCUAUGUGACCACAAUUCUAGAUGAUGCUAAAAUCUAUUCAAGCCAUGCUAAGAAAACUACUGUUGACGCAGACGAUGUACGGUUGGCAAUCCAGUGCCGGGCUGACCAGUCGUUCACUUCUCCUCCCCCAAGAGAUUUCUUAUUAGAUAUUGCAAGACAAAGAAAUCAAACCCCUUUGCCACUGAUAAAGCCAUAUUCAGGCCCUAGAUUGCCACCUGAUAGAUAUUGCUUAACUGCUCCAAACUAUAGGCUUAAGUCUUUACAAAAAAAGGCACCUACUCCUGCAGGAAGAAUAACGGUUCCAAGGUUAAGUGUUGGUUCAGUUUCUAGUAGGCCAAGUACUCCCACACUAGGUACACCAACUCCACAAACCAUGUCCGUUUCAUCUAAAGUAGGCACUCCAAUGUCCCUCACAGGACAGAGGUUUACAGUGCAGAUGCCUGCUUCUCAGUCCCCUGCUGUAAAAGCUCCCAUUCCUGCAACAUCAGCAGUUCAGAAUGUUCUUAUUAAUCCAUCAUUAAUUGGGUCCAAAAAUAUUCUUAUUACUACUAAUAUGGUGUCACAAAAUACAGUCAGUGAGUCAGCAAGUACGCUGAAAAGAAAGCGUGAAGAAGAUGAUGAUGAUGACGAUGAUGAUGAUGAUGACUAUGAUAAUUUGUAAUCUAGCCUUGAUGCAUGUAACCUGUACUCUUGGUCUUGGAUCCAUUGUACUGAAGUUUAAAAAGCAUGUUAGAUGUUUUAACACUGUACUUCUAGAAAGUGGUAUUUAAUAAGUAUACUUACUAUGCUUUUUUGAUUGAAAUGUUCAGUUUUACUAGAACUAGUAAUGGUUUUUCAUCAUCCUUUAUGCAUAAAAAUAAAAUUGUUAUUUGUCAAUUUGA